AUGUGUAAGAAGCACGAUAAACCACUGGAGCUUUUCUGCAAGACUGAUCAGAUGUGUGUAUGUCUGUUCUGCACUUCUGACCACAAGUCACAUGAGAUUGUUCCUCUGAAAGAAGAAUAUGAAGGAAAGAAGACUGAGCUGGAGAAAACAGAGGCAGAAAUUCAGCAAAUGAUCCAGAAGAGACGAGUGAAGAUUCAGGAAAUAAAACGAUCAGUGGAGCUCAGCAGGGAAGAUGCAGACAGAGAGAUGGCAGACAGUGUGCGGGUCUUCACUGCUCUGAUGCAUGCUCCUCUACACACCAAGAACUGGACAGAGGUCAGAGUCCAUCGCUCAUCAUAUGUGGGGAGUGUGAGGAGAGCUGUGGCUCAGCUGGAGGAGACGCUCAGUAAAGAGAUGAAGAAGCUGUGUGUUGAUCUGGAGCUGAAGAGGGUCCAGCAGUUUGAGGUGGAUGUGACUCUGGAUCCUGAUACAGCAAAUCCCAAACUCAUCCUGUCUGAUGAUGGGAAACAAGUCAAUUGUGGUGAUGUAUGGAAGAAUCUCCCAGACAACCCAGAGAGAUUCUCUUAUUUUUCCAGUGUCUUAGGACGGCAGAGUUUCUAUUCUGGAAGAUUUUACUAUGAGGUUCAGGUUAAAGAGAACAAUGACUGGACUUUAGGAGUGGCCAGAGAGACGAUCAAGAGGAAGGGGCAAAUUACACGGAACCCCAAAGAUGGCUACUGGAGAAUAAUAUUUGGGAAUGAGUUCAAAGUUGCUGCCGAUACUCCUGUCCGUCUCUCUCUGAAGUCUCGGCCUCAGAAGGUGGGGGUGUUUGUGGAUUAUGAGGAGGGUCUGGUCUCCUUUUAUGAUGUAGAUGCUGCAGCUCUUAUCUACUCCUUUACUGACUGUGGCUUCACUGAGAAACUCUACCCAUUCUUUAGUAGUUAUCAGUUCCUGUGCUCCAGCUGUCUGGAUGUGUUCACUGAUCCAGUCAGCACACCAUGUGGACGCAACUUCUGUAAAACCUGCAUCACACAGCACUGGGAUGAUAAUGCCCCGUACCAGUGUCCCGUGUGUAAAGAGGUUUUCGAUCAAAGAGAAGUUCCCUGUGACGUCUGCACCGGGACCAAACUGAAGGCCCUGAAGUCCUGCCUGGUGUGCCUGGCCUCCUACUGUGAGACUCACCUGGAGCCUCAUCAGAGGAUCACAGGCCUGAAAACACAUCAGCUGAUCCAUCCUGUGGACAACCUGGAAGGAAGAAUGUGUAAUAAGCACGAUGCACCGCUGCAGCUAUUCUGCAAGACUGACCAGAUGUGUGUAUGUCUGUUCUGCACUUCAGACCACAAGUCACAUGACAUUGUUCCUCUGAAAGAGGAAUAUGAAGGAAAGAAGGCUGAGCUGGGGAAGACAGAGGCUGAAAUUCAGCAGAUGAUCCAGAAGAGACAAGUGAAGAUUCAGGAAAUCAAACGAUCAGUGGAGCUCAGCAGGGAAGAUGCAGAGAGAGAGAUAGCAGACAGUUUGCGGGUCUUCACUGCUCUGAUGCAGUCUGUUGAGAGAGGCCAGGCUGAGCUCAUUGACAUGAUUGAAAAGAAGCAGAAAACAACAGAGAAACAGGCUGAAGGCUUCAUCAAAGAGCUGCAACAGGAAAUCUCUGUGCUGAUGAGGAGAAGCUCUGAGGUGGAGCAGCUCUCACACACUGAAGACCACCUCCACCUCCUCCAAAGCUUCCCGUCCCUCAGUGCUCCUCCACACACCAAGAACUGGACAGAGGUCAGAGCCCAUCGCUCAUCAUAUGUGGGGAGUGUGAGGAGAGCUGUGGCUCAGCUGGAGGAGACGCUCAGUAAUGAGAUGAAGAAGUUGCUUGAGGCUGAGCUGAAGAGGGUCCAGCAGUUUGAGGUGGAAGUGACUCUGGAUCCUGAUACAGCACAUCCCAAGCUCAUCCUGUCUGAUGAUGAGAAACAAGUAAAGCAUGGUGAUGUAAGGAAGAAUCUCCCAGACAACCCAGAGAGAUUCUCUCGCUGUACUUGUGUCUUAGGUAAGCAGAGCUUCUCUUCAGGAAGAUUUUACUACAAGGUUGAGGUUAGAGGGAAGACAGAGUGGGAUUUAGGAGUGGCCAGAGAGUCGAUCAACAGGAAGGGAGAUAUUGCACUGUGCCCUGAGGAUGGCUACUGGACUAUAUAUUUGAGGAAUGGAAAUGAAUACCAAGCCGCUGCAAAUUCUGAUGUCCGUCUCUCUCUGAAGUCUCAGCCUCAGAAGGUGGGGGUGUUUGUGGAUUAUGAGGAGGGUCUGGUCUCCUUUUAUGACGUAGAUGCUGCAGCUCUUAUCUACUCCUAUAGCGGCUGCAGCUUCACUGAGAAACUCCAUCCAUUCUUCAGUCUCUGUUUUAAUGAUCGUGGUAAAAACUCGGCCCCUCUGAUCAUCUGUCCCGUCAAGCACACAAAUUAG